AUGGCUCCACCAUCGACACCAGCCCAAUCGCGCUUCUUGCAUCCCAAGAAGAAGACCCAGGUACCCCAGGCAGAGAGGCAGGUGCCUCUGUCUCUGCACAACGGCCCACGCCAAUUUGCGUCGACCCCACGGUUUAACACUUCCGCAACGCCUAGGCCGCUUUCUCAUCAGCCACCACCCUUUUCAACCCCGGUGCCAUCCUCGGCUAGGCCCCGACCCACGCCUCAUGAGACCCUGAGCGACGUGAUAGACACCUCGCCUAUCUCGCCAGAUGAGCCAGGAAAUGAUGGAGAGGACCGCAUUCGUCUCGAUGAGUCCAUAGAAAUCGACUCGCCGUCGGCCUCUAGGACACCGUCCCGCCAGUUCCAGACUAGCAGGCCAGCGAAGCGUCGGCGAGUCUCCCUGUCCCCAGAGAUAGAAGCGAGCCCUGAUGCCGACCAACUCGAUGUGUUCAUGGAGGAUGACGAGCAAGCCGAGAUCUCGAGCACGCCCGUCCUCGACGACAGGAUCGCUGUCCAGUCUUCUUUCGACCAGGGGGCGUAUGCGGCUGGCUCUCGGCCGCAGUCGCCCCGGUCGGCGGACGAACAGGCCCCUCGAAAUCCAACAUUUCAGAGCGCACCGCGCUUCAAGGCAUCUGAAACCACCACAGAAACUCAGCAUCGGCCCCUGCCGGAGGCUUUCUCCCCCCAGCGCCGUGGUGCCAAGUACGUUGCCGGCGGCCUCGCCGCCGAGGUACGCGACUGGCUGGUUCAGGUCAAAGGGGCCUCUGAGUAUGACAGACCUACCGGGUCUAGCAUCGAUGUUGUUGUCGAUGAGGCCAUGUCAGCCCCUGGGAUGCACGUCAUUGCUGCUCGACUGCCCGAUGCUGGGAACGAGAGUGAUGCUGUUCCUGGGAAGGUCAUACUUGCAGGUGAUGGCCGUGUGGCUGAACUUCGUGGGAAGAGCAUCGUGAGACGCAGCGGUGUGGUCUCGAUGUCUCAACCGAUGUGGGACAUUUCUCUGGGUGACCUCGGCCAAUUUGCAGUGGCUUGCGACUGGGAGGCAAGAGGAACGUGA